CAUAGCUUUUAGUGAUAUAACUAUGGCUCUCGUUGGUAGCCCACGAGGUUUGCGAUCACUUGUUCUUCCAAUUGGACUCGUUACUCUUGCCCUUAUGCUGGUAGCUUCAUACCGCGGAAUAAGAGUCAGCGAGAUUUUCUUACCAAACCUACCUAUAAUCAACGGCGGACCUAAGCAACCUAGCACACAUGAGAACCACCGUCCGACGAAUACUCACGCACCUCCUCAAUAUAAACCAACACCUACUUUUGCCGCGCAAUCCGUAAUCGACCCGUUUCCUCUCAUUUCAAACCCGACGACGACACCCCCUCCUAUACCCGAGUAUAAUAUUCCCCGACCUGGCCUUCACCGGGAGUAUGGCCUCUCAUAUACACCGCCCCUCUUCAUCGGCUUCACACGCCAAUGGCCCAUGCUCUUGCAGUGUGUGAUUAGUUAUUUGACAGCUGGCUGGCCGCCCGAAUCUAUCUUUAUAGUUGAGAACACGGGUGUUCAAAACUCCAACGCUCAAGGCAAACUCAGCCUACAGAACCCGUUUUUCCUCGAUCAUGCGGUACUACGCAAACUUAGGGUCAAUGUCAUACAGACACCCGUUUUAUUAAGUUUCUCACAGAUGCAGAACUUCUUCCUGUCGACCGCCCACGCCCGAUCAUGGCCGUACUAUUUCUAUUCACACCAAGACAUAUUAGUAUUUUCGUUCGAGGAUGGACCUGAUACUCUCGUGCGUCCAGGGGAUAGAGACUGGUACUUCUACAACGAGGAGGAUGAGGCAGAUAUAAUGCGCCCCGCUGCUGCGGGCCAGGACGGAUACCAAACUAUUUACGAAAACUGCCUUCGCGAACUAAACCGGACGUUGGAGUCUGAGGAGCGUUGGGCAUUCCGGUGGUUCCAAUAUGACCACCUCACAUUAGUGAACCGAGCAGCGCUAGACGCUGUAGGUGGUUGGGAUUCAUUAAUGCCGUAUUACGGCAGCGAUUGCGACAUGAAUGCCAGAUUGGAGAUGGAUGGGUGGACAAUGCGACAUCGUCGUGUGGGCAUUAUCAACGACGUGUCAACAGUACUGGAGGAUCUUGCAGUGUUGUAUCGCGACCCGAAUGUAACACCAAGGUUCAUUGAUCCAAACCCGGUGCCCAAGGUAGACGAACAACCCCAAACGAAACAAAAGAAACCCCCGAAAGAAGGGCAGAACGCAGAAUCGGAGAGCCAUAAUGAUGGAAAUAAAGGCCAAGAGAUGCAGAAACGUGACGAGGAAGUAAAUGGUACCACAAGCAUAAGCGUAGCCAGAUCAGUUGAGUACUUUCGAGAGCUCGUCAAUGUUGGCAAUGACAUGGGGGCAUAUAAAUAUCGCGAUGACAAGAAUGCUCGCAAUUCAUGGCAAAAUAGCCAGCACGGAGGUGUAGGUGAGCCUUACUAUUAUAACGCCGAAGGCUUCUCAACUUCGUUCUGGAUCCUGGCCGAAGCUGGUCGUGAGAUUUUUCGUCAGAAAUGGGGUCACCAAGACUGUGAUCUUGUAGAGGGGACGGCCGUAGUCCAGGCCUGAGCCAUACGUGGUCGGAGCAUAUUCCUGCUUAUAAGCGGUUUGAUUUGAAAGAUAUUGCGAUGAUACCACCUUGAAGCAUACCUGUCUGCUAGGUAGGUACCUAAGUAGGUAGUUUAGGUAUUCUGAAUUUUCGUAAACACUAAGGUCUACAUACAAUCUUGAAGAUUGAGGAAAGUAAU